UGCAAUUGGACAGUAUAGACAGAGGUUCCUAUUUCUAUUCCAUUCAGGCUCAACCUGCUCCCUGCUCUAUAGGUCCCCGGCAACAGGAGGAGGAGGAGGAGGAGGAGGAGACUGAAGAGCUCGGAAGUCAGAAUCACAAUAAAGGAAUAGACUGCCGGGGAGGCAAGGGGCAAGAAGAGGCAGAAAGACAGGGCAAAUUCAGCAAGGACUGAAGGAGUCCGGGCUCAGAAGUCAUUGGAGCAGAACCAGCAAGGAAAGAAGGACCAAUGGCAGAGAAGCAGCAGUGAGUGCAGGGAGGGGAGAUACAGUAGAGAAGGGAAGAUCAAGCCCAGAGAGGUGCAAAUAUAAAGAGAAGAUAAAAAGGUAUCAAGAACAGAAGAGUCGGAUCAGAAAGAGAAAUCCAGCGGAAGCAACGGAACCAAAACAGAAAAAAAAAAAUUUAAAAAUAAAAUAAAUUAAAAAAAACCUAAAGAGAGAGAGUUAGGGGAACAGCACAGGGGCCCCACCUUCAUUCCCCUUCAUUCUACAUGGGAGCGGGGCAAACAGCCAUGGCCGAUACCGAGGGUCUCUCUGCGCGGCUGUCGCGCCAGCUUUGUCUAGCAGGGGGCAGCAUGGAGCUGGGGCAUCUGGGCCGCUCACUGGGGCUAAAUGCCCGGCAGCUGGAGAGACUGGUGGAGGUGGAAGAAGGGCGCAGCCUGGUGCUCCGGCCCCAGGGGGAAGACAUGAAGGCGGCCGUGUAUCGCAGUGCUUUGCGCCUAUGCACCCAGACAAACCCAAAAUGCGCCGGGGAGUGCGGCCAACUUCAUCUGUGUCGCUUCUAUCUACUGGGCAACUGCAGCAGACAGAAGUGUAAAUUUUAUCACUCCAUCCAUAUCCCCCACAACCUCUCGGUGCUGCAGAAGUAUAAUCUGGAAUCCAUGAGCAUCGAGGAGCUGCGGCAGCUUCUGUUACAGAACGACCCCAACCUGCUGCCCGACAUCUGCUCACAUUACAAUCGAGGGGACGGGCCCCACGGAUCCUGCACCUUUAAGAACAAGUGUAACAAGCUGCACAUUUGCCAGCAUUUCCUGCAGGGAGACUGCAAGUUUGGGCAGAAAUGCAAGCGGUGCCAUAACCUCAGCGACGAGGAGAAUUUAAAGAAGCUGACGAAGUGGGGAUUGGAUGCCAGGCUUGUGCCAGGGCUGCUAGACACCUACAUUAAUGCCCACACCCUCCAGACCGGCUGUGAUGCCCCUCCACAAAAUGUGGUAAAAUCACCUGAAAAAAAAGCAACACCCGGAUCCUCUAAGGCCGAGACGCCCAAGAAUACAGAGGAGAUCUGCCUUUACUUUAUCCGCAACAGCUGCAGCUUCAAAGAGAAAUGUGUGCGGGAACAUUUCCACCUCCCCUACCGAUGGCAGCUCUGUACCAAUGGCACCUGGAGGGACUUGGAUAACAUGGAAAUGAUUGAGAAAUCCUACUGUGACCCCAACAGCAGAACCAUGGUGAUUAAUCUGGACUUUGACACCAUGACUUUCCAGUCCAAGAAGGUCAAACGCCUCUCCACCCCGUCCUCAGUAUCCAAACCUCCGCACUUCAUCUUCACCACAGACUGGAUCUGGUACUGGAAGGAUGAGCAGAGCAAGUGGAUCGAAUACGGAACAGAGAGCGAUGGCCAUGCUUCUUCCACUCUCUGCAGCAGCGACCUGGAGAAUGUCUAUCAGUCGGAUGAAACGGCGGAUGUCAAGUUUAAGGCUGGGAAACAUGAAUACUUGCUGAGUUUCACAGAUAUGGAGCAGAGAAACUUGCAUUAUGGGACGAAGAGGAGGGUCUGCAGGAGGCCUGUGUUUGUAUCGGCCGAGGACGUGAAGAAGAAGAGAUCCAGAACUUCAGACGCCACAAAAGAGGAUAAAAGUAUGCCUCCUCAUUGGAACAAGGGGCAGACUCCGGAUGUGGGAUACAAGCUGGUUCUGCUCUCUCAGUCUUCUGAAGAGUACGGCAAGAUAGAAACCAUGUUCCGCCGUACGUUGAGGACUAUAAGGAUCCAUAGCAUCGAGCGCAUUCAGAACCUGGCGCUGUGGGAGGUCUAUCAAUGGCAAAAGGAGCAGAUGAAAAAAUCAAAAGGAGGGAAAGACCCGGAUGAACGCCAACUUUUCCACGGCACCGCCGACAAACUGAUCGACGCCAUUUGCCAGCAGAACUUUGACUGGCGCAUCUGUGGGGUCCACGGAACUGCCUAUGGGAAAGGCAGCUAUUUCGCCCGAGAUUCCUCCUAUUCCCACAACUACUGCAAGGGCUCCGGGUCACUAACCCACACCAUGUUCGUAGCGCGGGUUCUAGUGGGGGAAUUCACACGCGGGCGCUCGGCCUACCUACGCCCCCCGCCCAAAUCCGUUCUGGAACCCACCUCCUUCUACGACAGCUGCGUGGACAGUGAGAGCAACCCCUCCAUUUUUGUCAUUUUUGAAAAGCACCAGAUCUACCCUGAAUACCUGAUCAAGUACUCAGAGCUCUAAUUGCUGAGCACUAAUCUCCCCUCUGACCCGAACCCCAAUCCCCCCAAUAUUGUAAUGGGUACCCCCAAAUACACGAGGCUCCCAAAGCAGUGCUUUCUCAUUGAGAAACAGGGUACAAAGUGCAAAAACGGGCACAAUCUGACAUUUCCAUGCACUUUGCACCCUGCAUUCAACUAUAAAUGAAUUCCCACAGGUCUCUAGGCUGCCCCCUAUGGCAAGUUUCUCAACUGCACCAUUAGAGCUCUUGCACUUAUAUCCAGGGUCAUCAUAAAUGACCCCCUACUGAUCCCUUACAGGUUCAUGACGGCACUAGUACAGGUGUUUUUUUGCCCCAAACAGUGUCAGUUGGGACAGCAUGGUUUUAGGCUCUCCUCCCCUGGUGAAGAAAAUGCCAUUGGAAUAAAGGGUAUUAUUGCUGAGAUGAAGGACUGUAAGAUUGGAACCAGUUUAUACUUAGAUAAAUAGAACAAAAGGGGUUGGGUCUUGCAAGUCAGACACUUUGCACCCUGCAUUCAACUAUCAAUGAAUUCCCACAGGUCUCUAGGCUGCCCCCUAUGGCAAGUUUCUCAACUGCACCAGUAGAGCUCUUGCACUUAUGUCUGGGGUCAUCAUAAAUGACCCCCUACUGAUCCCUUACAGAGAUUCAUGACAUGACGGCGCUAGCACAGGUGGUUUUUGCCCCAAACAGUGUCAAGUGGGACAGCAGGGUUUUAGGCUCUCCUCCCCUGGUGAAGAAAAUGCCAUUGGAAUAAAGGGUAUUAUUGCUGAGACGAAGGACGAACCAGUUUAUACUUAGAUAAAUAAUAGAACAAAAGGGGUUGGGUCUUGCAAGUCAGACACUGAAUACUAAUAGCUGCUUAUUAACCCUACUGAUGCACUUUAACCCCCUAGGCUCCAUAGGUGCACCCAAUAAGUGCCUUUUUCUCAGGGGGUCUUACUUGGGACUGUGCCCUAGGCCAAGUUUCUACGGUUACCAUAGUUUGUGGGGAAAAAAAGGUUUAUUUAGCAUUUGGAAAGUCAGGUUUUAACCCUCUGAUUGCCAGUUGAGGUCUGAACGUGGGCCAUAUUUCCCAAUAGAGACAUUUUCACACUUAUUCUAAAAGUCACUACAAGUCGUUAGUUUAGAGCCGAGGACAAUGAAUGGCACUGGAAAGGCGGGGGGCACCCUGGGGGGCAUUAUUUGGCAGGGGGCACCCUGGGGGGCAUUAUUUGCCGCACACAAACCUGAUAUACUGAUAAUACAAUAGCUGGGAGGGUAUACAGGUUAGUAACACUCGCCAUCUAGUGGCUGAAGGUCAGAACUGCACUGUGCGGCUUUAAAGCAGAUCUAUGGGCCGGCAAUGUGUGUUAUUGUGCGCUGGAAAUGAGAAUAUAUUGUAUGGCUCUUGGGUUAAUUGGAUAAAAGAGAUAUAUAAUACAUAUAUAAAAGAGUAUUAAUUGGCAGUAAUGCUCUAAAUAUUCACGUGUGGUCUAUAUUUCAAGUUUCUUGACUAUCUGCUAAUAAAUUCUUUUUUGUUAUAUGCA